AUGGCUCAUUCGAUGGAUGAGGAACGGCUUGCCCAGCCGGACAGUGUCUCGAUUGACAAUGAGAAGUCCUCAAUUCACGAUAAAAGGCCUUCGGAGGCCAAUGGCGACAAUAUGAAGUAUCCAAAAGGGGUCGAGCUGGCAGCCAUCGUCGGUUCGAUUCUGCUUGCUAUGUUUCUAGUCGCAUUGGAUCGCACUAUUAUUGCCACCGCAGUACCUGAAAUCUCGAAUCAAUUCAAUGCUCUCGACGAUAUCAGUUGGUACGCCAGUGCCUAUCUCUUGACAAGCUGUGCCACCCAGCUAUCCUGGGGCAAAGUGUACACAUACUACUCGACCAAAAACGUCUUCUUACUCGCAAUCCUAAUCUUCGAAGUCGGCUCAGCGCUCUGUGGUGGUGCCCCCAACUCCAAUACCUUCAUCGCAGGACGUGCGAUAGCAGGAAUCGGCUCAGCGGGCAUCUUCUCUGGCGCAACGGUGAUAAUCGCACAGAUUGUGCCACUGACCAAACGACCCAUGUACGUAGGACUCAUGGGCUCCACGUUCGGGAUCUCGUCCAUAGUUGGACCCUUGCUCGGCGGUGCCUUUACAGACAAAAUAACCUGGCGCUGGUGCUUCUACAUCAAUCUUCCCAUCGGCGGGUUCACCCUGGUGGUGCUAUAUCUGUUCCUCGUGGUCCCACCCCCACGCGACUCCUCCAUCUAUACUUGGACGCGGCAGAUCCUCCGCCUGGACCCACUAGGCGGCGUAUUGUUCCUCUGCGCGGUGAUUUGCUUCUUGCUUGCCCUGCAGUGGGGUGGGACGACCUUUGCCUGGGCGAACGGGCGUAUUAUCGCACUGUUUGUGAUGUCGGGCGUUCUCAUGAUCGCCUUUGUCGGCGUGCAGAUCUGGCUCAAGGCCGAUGCAACUGUGCCGCCGCGGAUCUUCAACCAGCGCAGCAUUGUCAGCGGCGUUCUUUUCGCCUUGUGUGUUGGUGGUGGGCUCAUCUCUAUGCUAUACACCUUGCCGCUGUGGUUUCAGGGAGUUCGAGGCACCAGUGCCGUGAAGUCUGGCAUCGACACGAUCCCUAUGGUGCUUGCUUUGGUGGUUGGAUCCAUUCUCUCCGGUGCGAUCAUUACCAGGGCGGGAUACUAUGUUCCGUUGAUGUUUGUUGCGACAAUUUUCAUGUCGAUUGGCUCUGGGCUGAUGACGACCUUCGAGCUUGACACUAACCAUGCUGCCUGGAUUGGAUAUCAGGUGCUCUUUGGUAUUGGCAUCGGCAGUGGAAUGCAGCAGCCAUCUCUAGCGGCACAGACUGUCCUACCCAUGGAAGAUGUCGCUAUUGGUGUAUCUCUUAUGUUCUUUGCUCAGUCGCUCGGCGGGGCGGUCCUCAUCGCUGUUUCUCAAUCACUUUUCCAAAACUUCCUUCGCACAGAAUUGCCCCUUAUUCGGGGUAUUGAUUCAUCGAGAAUUCUAGAGGCUGGAGCGACGGGCCUCGUUGAUGCAGUGCCGGCUAACAAGUUACAUGAGGUUCUGGUUGUGUACAAUGAUGGUCUGCGACGGUCCUUCAUUGUCAGUGUCGCAGUUUCUUGUUUAAUGAUCAUCCCGGCACUCACAAUGGAAUGGAGGUCGAUCAAGAAGAAUGAUGCGCCUGCUCCUGAUACUUCCGCUUCGAAGUCAUGA